AUGGCAGAAUUAUUAACACAUCAGAGUAUAUAUCGUAGACAAUUUCCAAAUUUUGGAAAGCCUAAGAUUAUAGGUUACAUUGGUUUGGAAAAUCUUAAGUAUGUACAAAGUAUUGAAGAAAAGAAUGUUAAUUAUGAUUUAAAUUUGGGAAUAGAACAAGCUAAACGUAAACCACCUGACUUAGACGUUAAACUAACAGAAUUAUUAAAAUUUUUGUUAGAAAAUGAGAGACUGCUGAAUUUACCUGUACAUAACGAUUUGGAGAGUGCUCAAUUCUUUUGCUACCGCGGCUUACUGACUUGUAUUGCAUGUACUCCGUAUGAAAAACGAGAACCUUGGAAAAUAGCUGUAAUAUUGUAUAAAGAUAAACCUGACAAAGCUCCCGAUCCAAGUGGACCCGUUGACGAAACUGAAGAGUUUUCUUUGGUUUUUACAACAAAUCUAAAUAGGCAUAAGAUUGUCUAUGGUGCGGAAAUGGAUGGCAUAAGAUGUGAUCAGUCACAUGUGAGCUUACCACCAAGCAGCAAAAACCCACAAGAGGUUCUUAAGUAUUUGUCCACAAAGAACUUUGUAGAGCUGAAAACAAAUAGACAUAUCGAGUUUUCAAGACAAGAAUUGAAUUUCAAGAAAUUUAAAACAAUCAAAUGGUGGUGUCAAUCAUUUCUAACGGGAGUAGAAACAAUUUUGUGCGGUUGUAGAAAUGAUAGUGGUAUCGUUGAAGAAUUAAAAAUGUACAGAGUUAAUGAUUUACCAAAAAUUUCAAAGAAAUUUUGGGAUCCUAGUGUUUGCUUUAAUUUCUUGGAUGAUUUUUUUACUUUUGUGAAGCGAUGUCUUGCAAGAGAAAUAAAGAGGAAGCAUGGUUCAAAGGGUUUACACAACAUACAAUCUUUACCGAUGAUCAGUUUACUAUUUGAAUGGCAUCCUGAAGAAAGUGUUCAUGUCUCCGAUUAUUCCCAUGAGGAUGAUCCUAUAUUGUUUGAUUGGUUCUUAGAGAGAUAUGGGAAAACUUCUACUUGA